UGAAGACCGAAGAGACGCGCCGUUGCCAUGGCAGCCGGCUGCUGGUUGCAUCAGGAGCCAGCCCCGGGGUGUCACCCUUGCCUCAUCAGAACUUAGAAAAGGAGAGCAUUGUUCAUUGACAAGUGGAAAAAUGGAUGAAAGUAAAUCAGUAGAUUCAAAAGAAAGUGGGGAAUAUGAGGAUGACUUUGAGAAGGACCUGGAGUGGUUGAUCAAUGAUAAGGAAAAAAGUAAUGGCGGCAUAAUAGAGAUGGCUUGCAAGAAGGAAGACGAUCUUGACCAGGAAUUAAAAGAGGAUGAAUCAGAAACAGAACACAGCCAACUGCUCUCUGAUCCAGAUAAACCUGUAAAGGACGAGGCCUCACUCCGAAGAAAUGACUUUAUUUCCGUCCCAAGCAUUCAGCCGCUGGAUCCCAUAUCAGACUCAGACAGUGAGAACUCCUUCCAGGACUUCAAACCGGAAAACCAGAGAGAGCUGGAGGAAGACGAGGACGAGGAAGUAAGGAGAUAUAUUAUGGAGAAAAUUAUAGAGGCGAACAAGAUCCUACAGAAUCAAGAGCCAGUGAACGAUAAAAGGGAGCGAAAACUGAAGUUCAAGGACAAGUUAGUUGAUUUAGAAGUCCCGCCGUUAGAAGACAGUGACGCUUGCAAAGCUUUCUCAGAAAACGAAAACAAUAUGUCUGGGAAACUCUCUCAGCUAUGCAUUUCUGGUGAACUGGGACAAGAGAAAGUGCUCCUGUCAGUUCCUGACGGCAGCUGUGAAGAAAACGAUAGAAAGAUAUUGGUAGAGAGAGACGGGAAGUUUGAACUUAUGAAUUUACAAGACAUCGAGAGUCAGGGAUUUCUGCCUCCCAUUAGUAGUGCUAAUAGUACCGACAAUGAAAACCCCCAGUUGCCGCUCAGGUCUCCCACCCCAUCUGCUGGUGGAGUCAAGAAAGAAGAGCCUGUGGCAAAGGUUCACACUGUGGCUCUCUCCUCACCAGAAGAGCCACUGGCUCAAGUCCCUCAGCCACCACCCAACCCCAAGAUUCGUCCAAGCUCUGCUGUCAACCCAGAUCUAAAUAAAAGAAGCAGGAGAUCUAAUCACAGGAUACAGUCUGCCAAUGUCUCUCCAGUUACCUCAACGUAUUGUCUGUCGCCUCGGCAGAAAGAACUCCAAAAGCAGCUAGAACGGAAGAGAGAAAAGCUGAAGAGGGAGGAAGAACAACGCAAAAUAGAGGAAGAGAAUGAGAAGAAGAAAGAGAACGAGAUGGUGUUCAAAGCAUGGCUGCAGAAGAAAAGAGAGCAGGUCAUCGAGAUGCGGAGAGUCCAGCGGGCAAAGCAGAUCGAAGACAUGAACAGCAGGCAGUUGAACCGAGACCCGCAAGCGGCCUUCCGAUUAUGGCUUAAGAAAAAGCACGAGGAGCAGAUGAGAGAAAGGAAGACAGAGGAGCUCAGGAAGCAGGAGGAGUGUUUGUUCUUCCUGAGAGGAACAGAGGGCCGUGAGAGGGCCUUUAAACAGUGGCUCAGAAGAAAACAGAUAGAAAAAAUAGCUGAGCAACAGGCUGUCAAAGAGAGAGCUAGGCAGCUCCGGCUGGAAGCACGGCGCUCCAAGCAGCUACAGAGCAACCUGUACAACAUGUCCGAAGCCAAGUCUUUCCGCUUUACUGACCAUUACAACUGA